CGAUACCGCUAAUAUUGCUAAACAUGGCACCCUCCCGAAUGGGCUAGGAAAGUUAUUUGGCUUAUUAGAUAUGUUACAGUUUCAUAAUUAUUAAGUCUCUCUGGAUACACAUUUUAAAUAAUAGUAGCGACCACGACAUAAGGAGUCCGUAUAGUGCUUUGAAUGGUUGUUUCCAUUCACUGCGGUUAUUUGAUCCACAGGUUUCAGAGUUUUUAAAGACUUUGAAAACGAUGUUGUCCCCAUUGUGAAAGACACAGAACAGCAUCAUGGAGGUGUCUACAGAGGAGGGGGACUCAGAAGCCCCUCAUGCCAUCGAUAUGACCACCAGUGAAAAGGUGGUUGAUCUUCUGAAUCAGGCUGCUCUGACACCCACAGAUGAAAAACUUACGGGGCUCAAACAGGUUCAGGAGCUCAUCCUUAACAAGGAUCCUUCUCUUCUUGACAACUUCUUGGAUGAGAUGAUCGCCUUUCAGACUGACAAGUCUAUUGAAGUGAGGAAAUACGUCAUCGGCUUCAUAGAGGAAGCUUGUAAAAGGGACAAUGAGCUCCUCCUCAGACUGAUCGCCAAUCUGAACAUGUUGCUAAAGGAUGAAAGUGUGAAUGUGGUGAAGAAGGCAAUCCUCACACUCACACAGCUCUACAAAGUUACUCUACAGUGGUUGGUGCGCUUCAAAACUGUAACAGAGCGGCAGGAAGCAUGCUGGGAUAUGGUCACGCAGAUGAAAGGCGAUGUUUUGGCCUUGCUGGACUCUGAAAAUGACGGCGUGCGAACUCAUGCCAUAAAGUUCACAGAAUCAUUAAUCAUCACUCUUUCACCCCGGACGGCAGACUCUGAUGUGCCCAAACGUCAAGAGGGCGACAUCAGCCUGGACAAAGUUCCCAAAGAUCACUCGUACAUCCGCUAUGAUGCUCUCUGUGAGGAGGGAAAGACUGCACUGGAGCGGCUACUGAAGUUCAUGGUGCACCCGGCCAUUUCAAGCAUUAACCUCACCACAGUACUCGGGUCCCUUGCCACCAUCGCCCGACAGAGGCCAAUGUUUAUGUCCGAGGUGGUGCAGGCGUAUGAGAUGCUGCAUGCAAACCUGCCUCCCACUCUGGCCAAGUCUCAGGUCAGCAGCGUGCGAAAGAACCUGAAGCUGCACUUGGUGGCGGUCUUGAAGCAUCCCUGCAGUCUGGAGUUUCAGGGUCAGAUCAGCACUCUGCUGCUCGACUUGGGGAUGCCUCAGAGUGAAAUAACCCGAUCAACGCCUGCACCGCGUGAGCAACGCAAAAGACCUCGACAUGACCAAUACAAGGAGGGGAAAAAGGUCAAGAUAGAGCCGACCCUGAUGGAAGACGACGAGGACAAAGAGGAGCCUGCCCCUCUCUCAGUCCCUAAACCAGCUCCUGUUCCAGUCGCUCAGUCUGCCAUUGACCUCACAGCUGAGUUCCUGCACCCGCUUCUCACCCCUGAGAACGUUGCCAACCUGGUGCUCAUCAGCAUGGUGUACCUGCCUGAUGUAAUGCCAGCAUCCUUCCAGGCCACAUACACACCUGUAGAAUCAGCAGGCACUGAUGCUCAAAUCAAACAUCUGGCCAGGCUGAUGGCCACGCAGAUGACAGCAGCUGGGAUUGGUCCAGGACUCGAGCAGUGUAAAGCCAGAGAAGAUGACACAGGCAAAGAGGAUGGCAUGGAUGAUGACUCUGCUAGUAAAGACCUUCUCAUCAAGCGUAAAAAUCCUGCUGUGAUGAUGGGACAGGCCAUCUCUGUGGUUGGGGGUUACCAAGAAAAGACUGUAACUCAGGAUGUUCCUGCCAAGAGGCUUCCUGAACCCAUCCUUCCUACGGCCCAGACCAAACUGACAGGAGCGAGUGGGAGGAAAAAAGUGUUUCGACUGUCGGAUGUCGUCCAGCCGUUAUCAGACUCUCAGAUUGAAACGUUGACCUCCAGAGCAGUGAAACGGAUCCUGAAUUCAGAGAAGGCCAUCGCUCAAAGCGGCAUGUCCCAUGUCAGAGUAAAGCUCCUCUCAAGGCUCGUCACACAGUUUGAAGGGAUGAUGAAAGAAGACGUGCUGGGAUUUAUUCUAGAUGACAUCAGGACGAGGAGCGACCUAGCCUUUUCUCUCCUCUACCAAGAGUACAACACUUACCUCAGCCAGCUGCCAUCUGGACUGCUGGAUAGCUACGACCACUGUCUCUACACGCUGCUGUCAGGCCUGCAGGAGAAACCUGAGCAGAGAGAUGGUCUUUUCACCAAACUAGUCCUGGAGGCUCCCAUCAUAACAGAGUCAGCGUUGGAAGUGAUACGGCGUUACUGUGAGGAUGAGUCUCGGGUUUAUCUGGGAAUGACGACUCUAAAAGAGCUCAUUAUCAAAAGGCCAUCGAGGCAGUUUCAGUAUCUGCAUGUGCUCCUGGAUCUGAGCUCACAUGAGAAAGAGAAGGUGCGGACCACAGCCUUGGCUUUUCUGAAGCGCAUGUACGAGAAGGACCAUCUCAGGGACUACAUAGAGAAGUUUGCUUUGAACUACAUGCAGCUUCUUGUCCACCCAAAUCCUCCAUCUCUGCUUUUCGGGGCUGACAAAGAUACAGAGGUGGCUGCUCCCUGGACUGAGGAGACGGUGAGACAGUGUCUGUUCCUCUACCUGUCCCUGCUGCCUCUGAAUCACCGGCUCGUCCAUGAGCUGGCUUCUGUCUACACCGAGGCCAUCGCCGACAUCAAACGCAGCGUGCUGAGAGCGAUAGAGCAGCCGAUCCGUGGGAUGGGGAUGAAUUCUCCUGAGCUGCUGCUGUUGGUUGAAAACUGUCCUAAAGGGGCAGAAACCUUGGUGACUCGCUGUCUACACAUUUUGACUGAUAAAGUGCCUCCGUCUCCUGAGCUGGUGGAGAGAGUCAGAGACCUUUACCACAAACGAGUGCCGGAUGUUCGUUUCCUCAUUCCAGUCAUAAAUGGCCUAGAAAAGAAUGAAGUCAUCCAGGCUCUUCCAAAGCUCAUUAAACUCAACCCGAUUGUUGUAAAGGAAGUUUUCAAUCGUCUGUUGGGCACCCAACACAGUGAGGGCAGUUCAUCUGUGUCUCCUCUCACUCCAGGAGACCUGCUGAUCGCAUUACACAACAUUGACUCGACCAAAUGUGACAUGAAGUCGAUCAUUAAAGCCACAAACCUCUGCUUUGGGGAGAAGAACGUGUACACGUCGGAGGUUUUGGCCGUGGUGAUGCAGCAGCUGAUGGAGCAGAAUCCCCUCCCCAUGCUGCUAAUGCGUACAGUCAUCCAGUCCCUCACCAUGUAUCCUCGACUGGGAGGCUUUGUCAUGAACAUCCUGUCCCGCCUCAUUGUUAAACAGGUGUGGAAGUAUCCAAAGGUUUGGGAAGGAUUUGUGAAAUGCUGCCAGAGGACGAAGCCUCAGUCGUACAGCGUCCUCCUCCAGCUGCCUCCUGCACAGCUGUCCAGCGUGUUUGAGCGCUGCCCAGAGAUGAGAGAUCCUCUUCUUCAACACGUCCACUCCUUCACUCCUCAUCAGCAAACUCACAUUCCUGCUUCCAUCAUGUCAGUGCUGGAAGCGAAUAAAAAACCAGAACCAAAGCCUGAGGAGCCUGUGAUGGAGAAAGAGAUGGAAACCGCUCCUGUCCCAGUCGAGGAAGAAGUUCCUGUUGAAGCACUAAAACAUCCAGAAACACCAGUUGAGCAGCAGUCAGAAGUCCUGAAAGAUGAAGAGGAACCGAUGGAGCAACAAGAGUCUGACCAGGUGAUUCAGGAGGAAACUGCUGCUGACACUGUUUCAGAGGUGGAUCUGACACAAGCAGAGAAGACACCAUCACCUCAACAAGAGCUGGCUGAGGAAGCAAUGGAGACGACUCAGCACGAACCUUCAGACCACGAAGAGCCAGAGAAAGAGGCAGAGGCUGACAACACUGGACCUGAGGCUGGAAGCGGUAGCGAAGAAUAAAUGAACAUUUCUCUCUGAAAUCAUCCCACCAACUUUCUAGGAUUUAUCUCCCAAGAAAUGUCUUGCCUCUUUUUGUAUUUGUAGAAACAGAUUUGAUUUGAAAAAGUUUGAGGUGAAUUUGUCUAUGAAAAAGUCAGUGGAUUUUAAUGUCAUGAUGAGUAGGCAAAUAAAUCAAGAAAACGGUU